GACCAAACACCGGGUUUCCGGGGGGAAAGCUUAGGCUGUAACACCCAGCCCAGCCUCCUCCUCCACUCCCCCACCACGCUCGGCCCCCUCCCUCCCCGCCACCACUGUCCGCGAUCGCCCGGCAGCAGGGAAGGAAGAAAGGAGCGCAGGAGGUGGAGGCAUGGAUCCACAGCCCCCUCCACCUGCCCAGGGCAGCCCACCUCACCGUGCCCGAGGCCGGGGCCGGGGCCGGGGCCGGGGUCGAGGCCGUGGUCGUGGCAGAGGGGGUGCUGGAGCCCCUAGGGCACCUCUGCCCUGCCCCACCUGUGGUCGCCUCUUCCGCUUCCCUUACUACUUGUCUCGACACCGGUUGAGCCACUCAGGCCUCCGGCCCCACGCCUGUCCCCUGUGCCCCAAAGCUUUCCGCAGGCCUGCCCACCUGUCCCGCCACCUCCGUGGCCACGGGCCCCAGCCCCCGCUGCGCUGCGCUGCCUGUCCACGCACCUUCCCGGAGCCGGCCCAGCUCAGGCGCCACCUGGCCCAGGAGCACGCAGGUGGCGAGGCGGAUCUGUCCACGCAGAGGGCCGUGAAGGAGGAGCCCGAGUCCAGUUGGGGUCCACAGGACGAGGGUGUGGAGCAGCCCUCCACCGCAGUGGCCGGGGUUGCGGAGGAGGCAGCGGCAGCGCGGCCUGAGACGUGGCCCGCUGGGGACCCGGCCCCCGUGGCUGCCCCCACGAGUACCGAUCCUCGGGCAUCAGAGGCCGAGGAGGCCGAGGCCGGGGCAGCGGAGCUAAGGGCAGAGCUGGCGCUGGCCGCGGGGCGACAGGAAGAGAAACAGGUCCUCCUCCAGGCCGACUGGACGCUGCUGUGUCUCCGCUGUCGCGAAGCCUUCGCCACGAAGGGGGAGCUCAAGGCGCACCCGUGUCUGCGCCCUGAGGGCGAACAGGAGGGCGAAGGGGGACCCCCACCCCGCCCCAAGCGACACCAGUGUUCUAUUUGCCUCAAGGCUUUCGCCAGGCCCUGGUCCCUGUCGCGUCACCGGCUAGUCCACUCCACCGAUCGGCCUUUUGUGUGUCCAGACUGCGGCCUGGCCUUCCGCCUGGCCUCCUACCUCCGCCAGCAUCGCCGCGUCCACGGCCCUCUCAGCCUGCUGGCCCCACUGCCCGGGGCCGGUAAGAAGGACGACAAGUCCUCGGGUGGACGGAACUCAGGGAAAGGACCUGAGGGGGGCGAAGGGGCAGAAUGUGGGGGUGCAUCGGAAGGGGGUGAAGGCGGGCAGAAUGGAGGAGAUGCCACCCCAUCCCGGCCCCCGGCGGGGGAGCCACGGUUUUGGUGUCCCGAGUGUGGCAAAGGUUUUCGACGCCGGGCACACCUGCGUCAGCACGGGGUCACCCACUCUGGGGCACGACCUUUCCAGUGCGUGCGCUGCCAGCGGGAGUUCAAACGGCUGGCAGACCUGGCCCGUCACGCACAAGUCCACGCUGGGGGUCCCGCCCCGCAUCCGUGCCCUCGAUGCCCACGCCGGUUCUCCCGCGCCUACAGCCUGCUGCGCCACCAGCGCUGCCACCGCGCGGAGCUGGAACGGGCUGAGCUGGAGAGGGCCACUGCCUUGCAGGCGCUCCAGUCCCAGGCCGCACAGUCGCCCCAAACUCCGCUUAAGCAGGAGACAGAAGGGCUCCCUUUGUCCAUCGCACACAUCAAGGAAGAGCCGCCCUCACCCGGCACCCCACCGCAGUCCCCGCGGGCACCCCCUGUCUUUCUCAGCGCCUCCUGUUUUGACAGCCAAGACCAUUCAGCCUUCGAGAUGGAAGAUGAGGAGGUGGACAGCAAGGCCCACCUACACGGAUUGGGGGGCUUGGCCUCCUGACCCUCACAUCCACCCUCCGCCCCUCCAAUUGAGCUCCCGGUUUGAAGUAAGGAAGAGGGAAGCUAAAAAAGAUACCUCCUCUGCCUCCCCCUGAGCCCUGUGUCAUUCACUUUCCACUUUCCCUUUUACCUGUCCCUGGACCCCUGAAGCUGGUUAGGAAACACCCCAACGCGUGUCUUAAGUAAAGGCAGGACAAGGCGGAGGGCACUUGGCCACAAGCAUAGAGACUGGUGGGUUGGCCCCAGCCUGCCCAUCCCCAUUACAAACACUGGACACCAUCACCUCUUUGGAACUGCCAGACACUGGGGGUUCUCAGUGAGAAAGGUCUGUUCCCCCCCUCCCGUUCUUCUGUCUCUGUGAAUAAAUGUGAGUUCGUGCAACCCACGAGUGAGGCUGUCUGUGGAAGUGGGGGCUGGGUGAGUCAGGAUUUGCCCCUGCUUGGGUUCUGAACAAGGAUGCUCGCACACCAGAUCCCAGGAGGAAGUUCCAUAUUGAAGACGAAAGAAGUCCGGGAACCCUGGAUGGAGAAGAAAGUUGAGGGCGCUGAGAAGGAACGCCUUUGAUGACUGCGCUCAGGAAUCCCGCCCGCGCAGUUUAGCAAAUCAGCAUGGUAUGCACUCUUUUCGUUUCUCUAGGGCAGAUUUCUAGGCACGGGAUUAUUACUCCGUGUGGGAAGUCUACAAGCCCCUUUCCGAGAAAACACUAGAUGUUUCCCAAAGUUCCUGCCUGUUACAAUCGUGACGGUGACAGUAGUCUCCAUUUUCCCGGGGAAAUCCAAGAACCAGAUAUGAUCUGAGUUGGGCGAGGUGGUACACAGUUGUAAUCGCAGCAUUUAGGGGAUGGAGAUGGUCAAAACAAGCCUGUAUCUUAGCAUCACACAGCAACAAGCCAGAUAUGGCCCCCAGACACUGUGGCUCCAUAUAGCCCAUGCUUCUAGCCCCUAUUCAGUGAUUCAUUCCAUCUCAUGGAGCCCCUACAUUGUGCAGAGCGUUGUCCUGGGUGCCUCUUCGUUCUUCUGUUAAUAAAACACACAAUCCUUU